AUGGCUUAUGAUAAUCAAUAUCCUCUUGAUGACUUAUGCAACAAUUAUCCUCUUCAUUUUCUCAACUCGAUUACCCCUAAUGGGCUGCCCCCUUAUGAGUUGAAGGUUAAGAAGAAUUGUCCUGUUAUAUUGCUUCGUAAUCUCGAUCCUCAUAAUGGCCUCUACAAUGAAACUCGGCUGGUGGUACGGGGAUUCCAGAAUAAUUCGAUUGAUGCUGAGAUUGUUAAUGGGCAGCAUGCAGGAAAGAGGGUGUUCAUACCGAGGAUACCAAUGUCUCCUUCAGAAGAUCUCGCUCUUCCGUUCAAGUUUAAGAGGAAGCAAUUUCCCAUCCGGUUGAGUUUUGCGAUGACAAUUAACAAGGCGCAAGGUGAGACCAUACCUAAUGUUGGUAUCUACCUCCCCGAGCCUAUGUUUUCAUAUGGACAGUUGUAUGUGGCGCUGUCAAGAGGUGUAUAUCGUGAGAGUACGUGGCUUCUUGCAAAGAGAAACAUGAACAUUGAUCCUACUGGGAAGAGUACGAAGAAUAUUGUAUAUAGAGAUGUCUUGGAACCGUGA